AUGCUUGCGCAAUGGAUUCUCCUGCUCUUCAUCGUCACCCUGAUCUCCUCCAAAGGGAUUCCGGAAAGGAUCGCCGGAGGAAAGACCGUGUCCAUAGCUUCGGUUCCCUGGCAGGCUGCCCUGCACUCCAGUGGAGAAUAUAUCUGCGGUGCAGUCAUCUACAGCGAGAAGAUCAUCUUAACGGCAGCUCACUGUGUCUUCGAUGUUUGGCCUUCUGAUUUGACCAUUCGAGUGGGCUCCUCGAAUUCAAACGACGGUGGUCAGUUGGUGAAGUCUUCGCAGAUCCUAGUCCACGAGGGCUAUGAUGAUGAUGACAAUGAUUAUGCGCAUGAUAUAGCCGUGAUCGAACUGGAAACCAAUCUCCAAAUGGGAGACAAUGUGAGAUCCAUUCCAUUGGCGGAUACUGCUCCCCUGCCAGGAUCCUCGGCCUCGGUUUCUGGAUGGGGAGACACUGAGUCGGGGGAAGAACCUGACCACCUUCGGGAAACCACUGUAAAGAUAUUGGAUCAGAAGGAGUGCAUAAAUGCUCUUUCUAUCAAAUUCUGGAAGGAUCAUCUCUGUGCCGGCUCCCCGGGAAAAGAUGCCUGCGACGGGGAUUCGGGGGGUCCUUUGGUGUCCGACGGCAAACUGGUUGGCAUUGUCUCCUUCGGCGGAAUGUGUUCCGAUCCAGAACCCCGUGGAGUCUACGCCAAUGUGGCUGAACUCAAGCCUUGGAUAUUAAAGACAAUCCAAGGACUUUGAAGGGCCACAUACAUGUUUAACAAAUUUUGAACAAAGCUUUAACUAAAUAAAUGUU